AUGUUGAAGAAGGAAAAACCGAUGCUGUCGGUUGCUGCAAUCAUUCAAGCACAAGGCCGAUGGGAUCGGUCACUGGCCGGAUUAACAGGUUUCGAUGCUGCUCUGGUCGGGCACAUGGGCCCGUUGUCGCCGCCGGAUCUGAAGCCAGACCUGAAACCGGACAUUUCACUGCUGAAUGGUAGCGGUGGAGGCCCGUUCUCGCCCGGUAACAACUGCGGUCCCGGCAGCCCCGGUGGUGGCGGAUUCAGCUCCGUCGUCUUGCAACAACAGCAGAAUGCACUCGUCGUUGGAGGUGCACUCGGGAAUGGGACGGGUGGUGGUCAACAGAAUGCGCUCCUGAUCGGUAGUGGUGGUGGCGGUUCGCAGCAACAGCAGCAAGGAAGUAACGGUGGCGGCAGCGGUCCCAACACUCCCUCCAACAUCACCCAGCAGUACCCACCCAAUCAUCCGCUUAGUGGCUCGAAACAUCUAUGCUCGAUCUGCGGAGAUCGGGCCAGCGGCAAACACUACGGUGUCUAUAGUUGCGAAGGAUGUAAAGGGUUUUUUAAGCGAACGGUACGCAAAGACCUGUCAUACGCUUGCCGGGAGGACAAAAACUGUACGAUAGACAAACGCCAAAGAAAUCGCUGCCAGUACUGCCGAUACCAGAAAUGUCUGGCCUGUGGUAUGAAGCGGGAAGCUGUACAGGAGGAGCGGCAACGGAGCUCCAAAUUUUCGAUGAAGGCCGAAGAGAUCAACUCAACUAGCUCGGUACGGGAUGUUACGGUCGAUCGGUUCCUCGAAGCAGAGCAGCUGGGUGAGCAGAAAAGUGGCGAUAACGCCAUACCAUACCUGCGAGUUGGGCAGAACUCUAUGAUUCCGACAGAAUAUAAGGGUCCUGUUUCGCAUUUGUGUCAGAUGGUGAACAAACAGAUCUAUCAGCUGAUCGAGUUCGCCAGGAGGCUACCGAAUUUUUCAAACCUUCCACGGGAAGAUCAGGUAACCUUGUUGCGCAGUGGUUGGAACGAGAUGUUGAUUGCUUCCGUCGCUUGGCGAAGUAUGGAGUUUAUUGAAACAGAACGACCCCCGGAUGGGAGAAACGAUGGUCGUGUUACGAUUCGGCAGCCGCAGCUGAUGUGUCUGGGACCGAAUUUUACCCUACAUCGAAACAGCGCCCUGCAGGCUGGGGUUGAUUCGCUGUUUGAUCGUAUACUGUGUGAACUAGCGAUAAAAAUGAAAAGACUGGACGUGAACCGAGCCGAAUUGGGUAUCCUCAAGGCAAUCAUUCUGUUCAACUCUGAUAUUCGGGGCCUCAAAUGUCGGAAAGAGAUCGAUCAAAUGCGAGAGAAAAUCUAUGCUUGUCUGGACGAGUACUGUAAAACACAACACCCAUCAGAGGACGGUCGGUUCGCACAGCUCCUGCUGCGAUUACCGGCCUUGCGCUCGAUCAGCCUCAAGUGUAUAGAUCAUCUAAACUUUCUUCGGCUGCUUGGUGAUAAGCAGCUAGACAACUUCAUCAUCGAGAUGCUCGAUACGCCGUUGUAGGCGGAACUGUCGACAGAUGUCUGUCACCCGCGCACGAAUGUUGCCGUCGCCAGAGAACCA